UCCAGGACAGACGCAGGCGCAGAAGUCGCUGGCUGGGGAAGAGCGAGCGGGGCGGCCGCUCGCCCAGGACGGACUGUCAAUGACCUGCGAGGUGGUCGUGUUGUAUUUUGCGAGAAGUGCUGAUUUAGCCGGAGUCCGCACUGAGACCAUUUCUGUGCCCCAGCAGAUAACAUCGCUGCGGCUGUGGGAUGAAAUUGUGAAGAGACAUUCAAGCCUUGCUGCCAUACAGGAUCAAGUGGUUUUUGCUGUCCGCCAGGAAUACGUGCUCCUCGGGGACCAGCUGCUGGACCUACGCACGGGUGACGAAAUUGCCAUUAUCCCACCUAUCAGUGGGGGCUAAAGUUGGGAAGACCUUUUCAGUUCUAGAGAUAUCAUGAAUGGAAUUGGGGAUGAACCCAAGGACUUCAUUAAAUUGACUGAAGACAAGCUCUCGGCAG